AUGGCAUUUGGAGGCCAUAAGGAGGUCGUCCAGAUGCUUCUCGACAAGGGAGCAGACGUCAACGUCCAGGGCGGCCACUUCGGCAACGCUCUCCAAGUCGCUUCAUACGGAGGUCACAAAGAGGUCGUCCAGAUGCUUCUAGACAAAGGAGCAGACGUCAACGCCCAGGGCGGCGAGUACGGCAACGCUCUCCAGGGCGCUUCAUACGGAGGUCACGAAGAGAUCGUCCAGAUGCUUCUAGACAAGGGAGCAGACGUCAACGCCCAGGGCGGCCCCUACGGCAACGCUCUCCAAGCUGCUUCAUUUGGAGGCCACAAGGAGGUCGUCCAGAUACUCCUCGACAAGGGAGCAGAGGUCCACGCCCAGGGCGGCGAGUACGGCAACGCUCUCCAGGGCGCUUCAUAUGGGGGCCACAAAGAGAUCGUCCAGAUGCUUCUCGACAAGGGAGCAGACGUCAACGCCCAGGGCGGCGAGUACGGCAACGCUCUCCAAGCUGCUUCAUUUGGAGGCCACAAGGAGGUCAUCCAGAUACUCCUCGACAAGGGAGCAGACAUUGGAAACGCUCUCCAAGCUGCUUCAUACGGAGGCCACAAGGAGAUCGUCCAGAUGCUUCUCGACAAGGGAGCAGACAUCAACGCCCAGGGUGGCAACAUCGGCAACGCUCUCCAAGCUGCUUCAUUUGGAGGCCACAAGGAGGUCGUCCAGAUACUCCUCGACAAGGGAGCACACGUCAACGCCCAGGGCGGCCACUUCGGCAACGCUCUCCAGGGCGCUUCAUAUGGGGGCCACAAAGAGAUCGUCCAGAUGCUUCUCGACAAGGGAGCAGAGGUCCACGCCCAGGGCGGCGAGUACGGCAACGCUCUCCAAGCCGCUUCAGACGAAGGUCACAAAGAGAUCGUCCAGAUGCUCGUCAACAAGGGAGCAGACGUCAAUACUCAGGGCGGCCACUUCGGCAGUGCUCUUCAAGCUGCUUCGCUUAGAGGCCACAAGGAGAUCGUCCAGAUGCUCCUCAACAAGGGAGCAGACAUCACGGUCGCUAAUGAGGGCGGAUGGACACCGUUCUAUUCAGCCUCAGGCAGCGGCCAUCUCGAGGUUGUCAAACUGCUUCUCGACAAGGGAGCAGACAUCACAGUUGCUGAUAACGAUGGAUGGACGCCGCUUCACGCAGCAUCAGGCAGCAGCCAUCUUGAGGUAGUCAAGCUGCUUCUCGACAAGGGAGCAGACAUCACGGUCGCUGACAAAGAUGGAUGA